GUAUAGCGCCAUCUACGUUUCUAUAACACUGCGCUUAGUGUAGUUUGCGAGUGAGUGACUGGCAAAAACAGAAAGUGAGAGGAGCAGUUCGGAACCCCAAAAGUUAAUUUAGAUCUAUAUAGGGUUCCAUGGUUAACUGUGUGUAUUUUUGAAUUUUUGCUAAUAGUUUGGAUCAAAAUCAAAAGGAUACCAACAUGCAGGGAAUUCCACAUGGACACGAGACCGUCCCGAGUUACCAUCCAGUAGAACAACAGAGAUUCAAUCCGUACACGUUCAAUGGAGGGACUAUCAUGGCCAUGGCUGGUGAUGACUAUGCAAUCAUUGCUUCGGACACUAGGCUGAGUGAGGGCUUCUCAAUACACACCAGGGAUAGUCCAAAGAAUUAUCGGCUAACCGAUGGUACAGUUCUUGGAUGUGCUGGUUUCCAUGGUGACGUGCUUACAUUGACAAAAGUUCUUACUGCCAGACUAAAGAUGUACGAGCAUGAACACCACAAGAAGAUGUCUACUACAGCCAUAGCAGCGAUGCUUUCUACAAUCCUCUACUACAGGAGAUUCUUUCCAUAUUACACCUACAACAUUCUAGCAGGGCUUGAUGAAGAGGGUAAAGGUUGUGUGUACAGUUUUGACCCUGUGGGUUCUUACGAGCGUGAGACGUACAGGGCUGCGGGAUCAUCUAGCGCCCUCUUGCAGCCUCUCCUUGACAACCAGAUUGGUGGCAAGAACCAGGAAGGUUGGGUGAAGGAGCCAAUUCCUGUCGAUAAAGCCGUCGCUCUAGUCAAAGAUGUUUUCAUCUCGGCAGCUGAGCGUGAUAUCUACACCGGAGACGGGAUCGUUCUUCACGUUCUUACGAAAGACGGCUGCAAGGAGGAGAGAUUCCCUCUUAGACGAGAUUAACCGUUUUUUGUCUCGUGUUUGUACAGUGUAAAGCUCUCAGCAUCCUAUGCUGUCUGACUAUGACAGAAUUUUUGAAAAAGUUACAUUUGGUUCUUUGUUGUUGAAAUAUCAAACUUAAGAAUCUUUCUGAAUUAGGUUUCAGAGUAGGCAUACAAAGCUUGGAAUGGCAAUCAAAAGAGAAAUCGCGAAGUCCGCUACAAAUCACAGACUGCCAUGAACAUCGUUUUAUUUUGGUCCUCUAUUUUGAUGAUUUUUCUGAACUAAUCGUCUGUUUGCAUUUGAAUGUGGUAUGACCAGUUAAAAUCUAGAUGUACAAUAUUUUACACUAUUCAUUGUCCAUUAUUCCAAGUGUGACUUUUUCCUGUGCACUGUCAUAGUCAGAUUGUUUAGUGCAUUUUGUCCUUGGUAUGUAGUUUGAAUUACUCUAUACAUCAAUAAGAUUUGUCAAGUCGUCACAUUGACCCUUUAAUUGUGGUCACAGUUUUGUUCUAGUAUUGCCCAUCAAAAUUUACUGGCGCUAGAAGGACCAAGUCCUAGCAAUCGUGUAAUCAGAACACAUUUAAGUGAAAAUAUUGGUAAUUAUUCAGGGCUUGUUUCCACAUUAGGUGAUUUUGUUCUCAAAAUGGCUUAGGUAAAACAAAAUAAAUUAUGCAGCACAUGUAUUUUGCAAGUUUUGUAUCCCACAGCAUUGCUUCUCGAUACAGGAAUAUUUUGAUUAAUGUUCAAUCUGAGGGCCUUUGCAAGAUAGAUUUUAACUUCUUGGAUAAGAUUUAGCCAUUAGUAAUAGGAAGGAAAAGGGCAACCCUGUGAAAAUUUCCAGACAAACUGAAACUAUGUACCAUCUUAUUUUACUUUUAUAUUCAGUAUCAUAGGAAUACAAGUAUCAAUGAAGCGGGAAUCCAAAGCCAAAUUAAUACCCUUUCCAUUUUGAUAUUUCUCAAGAUUUUUGUAUCAUCAUUUGGUCACCUCUGUCAAAAGGCUGUUUGCAUAUUCUUUCAUGAAAAAUUACCUAUCAUUUGGAUGCAUUUGGAGGAAUAAGAUUGUACAAUGUCCAUGCCUUGAUUUAUAUUACAGACUUUGUACUUCAUGUACACACAGUAAACCUUGGCCAUUCAUAAAAGCCUGUAACGUCAAAUCUUAUUUUGAAAUGUAACUCUGCAGAGUUGUAUGUUCGAAAGAUACUUGUUGGUCUCCAUCCACUGUUAAACCUAUAUGCUAUUCAGGGAUAGCAAUGAUCAGCUGAAAGCUAGCACCGCCACAUGAAUGGAAAUCCAUCACAUGCUGGAAGGGGAUUAUUCCUUUAUUUUACCUUAGGGAGUGUAGUAAUUCGACAGUGGAGGAUUAAAAAGUCGUAUUGACAAAGAGUUUGCACAAUUUUUCCAAGUUACAUUGUAGAAAGUAAUACAAUCUUUGUAUGUAAUGAGAGAAUAAAAAAGAAUUUGUGUAUGACACACA